CAGCACUCCCAGGUCCCUUUCCACCUGAGCACUGUCCAGCCACACCGUCCCCAGACUAUAACUUUGCAGGGGGUUAUUGCAGCCAAAGUGCAGGACUCGGCACUUGGACAGUUUAUUCUUCUUUAGAGCUUAGCCAUCCUGACUCUGACUACAGCAAGCUCCUACUGUUGCUUUCUCUGGCAGACUCUGACUGCUGGCUAUUUCCUGCUGGAAAAUGACUCCAAAUGACUCUUUGCUGACCACAGGCUUUUACCUAGCUCAACUAUGACUGCAGGCCAGUCUCUAACUCCAUCAGACCCAGACUGAUCUCACAGCAGAUCUUCUGCUGCAACAACUCUCUUCCUUGUUUUGUUCUUCUUUGUCUCUCUGGAUCUUUCUUUCUUCCUCAGGGCUCCUCUACCUCCUCAAGGUCAUCUUCCUCAAGGCUCUCCCUGACCAGCCAACCCACCCCUUUGAUCACACUUAUCUUUAUUAGUCACAGCUGCAACCCAUUAAGGGCAAGGCUGUAAUUCUUCUUUAGUAAUUAGAAGAACUGGGACUUAUCAGGGGCAAGGUCACCUAUAUUUCCCCCUUUUAUUUUAAUAAAAGAAACCUUUAUUUAAACAUAUUUACAUAUUCUGCUUAGGAUUAACAAUUAUACAAAAAUUUAAAUACAAUACAUGUUUUGCUAGCAUAUAAAACUACUCUGUUUCUAGUUCUUGCGCUGGUUUACCUCUUCUUAGUCAACUUGGUGUCUUACAGCUCUCUGUGGGUCACCAUAGGCAUGAUUCUGUCUCUCUGAGUUCUGUUGCCGCUCCCGCGUUGCCACUCACUGCUUUAGCCAGACCACCCCGCUGCAUCCUCAGGUUGGAGUGGUGAAAGAGCCAGGGCAGCCAGGGCUGGCAGGGCGCUCGCCAGUGGGCUGGGUGUCCAUGCACCCAGCAGCAGUCAGGGGAACACGGCACUGCCCCAAGACCCUGCCGGACUGCAGCAUACCGCUUCUUACAAUUGAAACCCGGACUUUUGCAGCUCUUCUCCCAGCUGUGUUAUUUCUCGUUGCUCUUUUUUGGGUGCUGUCUCCUCACAACUCCAGGCCACGUUUCUUCCCAUGACUCAAAGGCCGUGUUCCUCCACAGCUCCUGGCUGUCUUAUCCUGAGCAACUCUCGGGCUGCCUUAUCUCUGCCUUCCUUCUUAUCAUGUAACUCGUUAUCACGUCAAUAAUAUCCAGAUGCACCAGACGCUCUUCUUCAGGUACCUGUCACAGGCAAAACAUGCAGAAGCAAGAGAAUUAAUGUAUUCAGGUUUACUGUUCUUCAGUCAUAACCAGCAAAACAGUGCUGCUGUUCAGUACAUGCUGGUUUUGGAGUCUUUGGAGAAGUCGGAUGCAAAAGUAGCAGAAGACCUUUUAGAAAACUUGGCUAAAUUGUUUAGUUUAAUGGAUCCAAGUUCUCCUGCAAGAGUGACUUUCAUAUCCAGAGCACUAAAAUGGCCCAGUGGGGGAUCAGGAAUACUUGGACAUCCAAAACUACAUCAGUCCCUAGCUGUUACCCUGUGGAAAGAGCAAAACUGUAGUGAAUCUUGGUAUCACUUGCACUCAACAGAUGGUCACGGCUACGCAAAUAUGCUGGUGGAAUACUCCUUGUCCCGCAGAUACCUCAGUGAGGUGGACAUUUUUUUAGCUCAGGCAAUACUACAAUUUCUCUGCUUAAAAAAUAAGACCAGCGCAUCAGUUGUUUUUACGACAUACAUACAGAAACAUCCUUUGAUAGAGAAGGGUCCACCCUUUGUGCAACCACUGCUAAACUUCAUCUGGUUUCUGUUGUUGGCAGUUCAUGGAGGAAAACUAACAAUAUGUACAGUAUUGUGUGAACAGUAUCACCCUUCACUGAAAAGAGACCCCCUGUAUAAUGAGUACCUAGAUAGAAUAGGACAGCUUUACUUCAGAGUUCCACCCAAGCAGGCCUCAUCCUAUGAGGGAUUGCUAGGAAAUCUUUUGAACAGUCUGAUGGGAACUGGGGAAGAUAACACAGAAGAUGGUCAGGAAGACAGCAGUCCUAUUGAGCUCGACUGAAUGUUGAUGUCAUCAGGUGUUGUGUAAAUCUGAUGAUUCGAUGACUCUAAAGACACUUUUGGAAUUUGAAUCCAGCAGCUGUUUCUUGGCUCCUAAAAGGGCUCUUCUGGUCUUUUAGAAAGGAUUGCUGGAAUGAUUAUACUGUCAGUCUACAUUACUUAUGAAAAAAAAAAAAAAAAGAAAGAAGCCAACAUAAAGUAGCCAAACAAACCAAUCGGAACAGUUGUUUGUGGGUUGCCAAUCCAGUGGCUGGGACUGAUUAAAAAGUCUGCAGUUUCUGGUGCAGUGUUUCCUUUUGCACAGUCUUUCAAUAAAGCAUAAACAUGGGGUUUGUCCUUCACAGCCUACCCAAUACCAUCUCUGUUCUGAGAAAGCCUCCUUGCCUUCUGCCCUCUUCCAAGGAAGAUCUUGAAAGGCAGGGGGAGCAAUUGAAUAAUUGAUUUGCAAUGCUGGUUCCAAAAGUACUGUGAGACAAGCCAAGCAGCAUAAUUUGAGAUGCACAUCCAAGAAACAUUGAUACAAGAACUUGCUUCCACUGCUAUGAGUAACAUACAUACCAUUCAUCCUGCAUGCUCCUCUUUCUCAAGGCUCCUCUACCUCCUCAAGGUCCUCUUUCUCAAAGCUCUCCCUGAUCAGCCAACCCACCCUUUUUAUCACACUUACCUUUAUUAGUCACAGCUGCAACCUAUUAAGGGCAAGGCUGUUUAAUUAGUACAACUGUGACUUACCAGGGGCGAGGUCACUUGUAAUCCCUUCUCUUACAGCUACAGGAAUCUGCAUAAUGCAUGGCCGUUCUGUCCUGUAACCAGCCUAUAGGUGGCUCCCUAGAUUUGGGAUGAGCUUUCAGCUUCUCUCCAGGCCCAUCACAGCUUUGGUGCUGGAGGUGCUGAUGCCUGUUCCCAAACUGGAAUGCACAGGUGCAGGAUCACUGUUAACUUAGUGGUAGGCCCAUUUUUAAGCUGGAUCGUAAUUUCUUUUGGCCCAUGGGGAAUUUAAGGACAUCAAUUCUGCAAUAAUAAGGGUCAUUGCCACUUUUCCUUCCCUGCCUGACUCUCUGGAAUGUUACACUGUUGCCCACGUUAUCAGCUGCCCUGCACACCUUGAAAAUUUCUAUCAAUGACUGCCUGUUGGUCUUGUCCGCUUAUGUCACAGAGAACACAAGCAAGUUUUCAAUUGUCUUACUUGCAGCAUGGAUUGGAAAACUCACAUUCUUUCUGAAAUCUUGAACUAAGUUACACAUUGUGAAUUUUCAUCUGCAUAACAAGGGCAUAUAAGCAAGGUCAUAAGCAAGUCAGCACUCCUGCUGGGAGAAUGUGGGAAACUGCUUUAAUACCAAACUUGGAUCUAACUGUAAGUGUUGCCCUUGCUCUGAGCUAGAGUCCUCUCCUAUUCUAUGUUAUUCAAUGAAAUAAACACCUACAAAACCAGUGCUUGCAGCAGCCUUCUCAUGAAUUAUCUUUCCAUUAAUCAACCAUGGACUGCACUCAACAGAACCCAUUUUAGUUACAAACUGUUAGAGAACAGAAGAAGGAAAUGUAGUGGUAACCAGGGAUAGCAAAUGGGGACUUAGCACAUAAGAGACCAGUUCAUUUUUCUCAGAUAGAGAUACACUGCUGCCUCUCCUUCUGUUUUCCUUAUUGUGGAACACAGCAGCUCCAAGUCAGUGCUCUCCUGAUCAGGGAGUGUUUACUUCUGUUCAGCUGUACCAGAUGACAGCAGUGAUCCACUGGUGAGGGGCAGCUGGCUUUAGCACAGCACUCCCAUUACAGGGGACACCAAAGGUGGACAGAAGAACUGCUGAAGACUCUGCUGGAGCCAGCAUGAUAGCAUGCCCCUUAGCACCAGCUCAGAUGAUGUUCUAACAGAACACGGAGGGGGGGUCCUUCCUGCAGGUGUAGGAUUAUAUGGAGUGCCAAAUGCCUCUUCCCAGGGUGAC